AUGAAGCCCGCCCCCGGCGCAGCAGGAAAGGGUCGCGGAACGGCACCCGCGGCCGCCAAGCCGACCGCUUCGCGGAGGGGAUCCCUCACUUCCAAAGCGGCCCCCGACGCAGCGGCGGCGGCGGCGUCGAAGUCGGCGGUAUCGGCUGCGCCGAGUGCAGUGACGUCACCAGCGGGACCGUCGAAGCCGGCGGCACCCGGGGGCUCGCCGGGGCGCCUUGGCCGCGGCAAGGCUCCCGCCGGAGGGGGCACGCCCACCCCGGCCAAGGCGGAGGUAUUGGCUGCGGCGGCCGCUGCGGCAGGCAAGGCGCCGCCGCCUCCCGCCGCAGCGGCAGCGCCGGCUGCAGCCGCCUGUCCCGCCGACGCCGCCAAGCUGGGUGCUGCGGCGGCCGCCAAGGCUGCCCAGGCAGCUGAAAGGGCCGACGCCUUCAUCUACGAGGAGUACGGCUUCCCGUCGGCGGCCGAGCCCUUGCCAGCGGCCAACCCGCUGCUCAUCUUCUCGGUGCUGGUCUCUUACUUCCUGUUCGUGGCGGCCUGCUUCCUCAUCAUCAAGUACGCCUACCACGGCUACGAUGUGAACGCGCCGGACGUUCACACGGUGACCAGCAAGGACAUUCACGCGAAGCUUGAGUUUGACCCGAAGGACCUCGAGGACAACAAGCCGCCGAGUGCAAGGCGCUUCGCAAGUUUCGGACGGGUGAAGAGAAAGGGCUCGAAAAAGCCAGUCCGAACCAGGAAGGUUCGUCGGCGGUCCACGUCGUCGGCUUGGGAGAACGAGCGGGUGACCAUGAUGGCCGCCGAUGUGGACUACCUCGCCGAGGUGUUGGGCUCGCGGGUAGCGGUCGAGGGCGCUGGCCUUCAUCAGAGCGCCAAGACCACGGUCCACGCCAAGGACGCCGACGGCUCCGGCAACGACGCUGCUCCGUCCUCCCCGGGUCGCCCAAGUGUGCGGCCGAAAAACUUGAAUAAGAGCGGUUGAGCGGCGGUUCGCGCCCGAAUGUUGUGUGGUCCUCGCUGCUUGCUGUGGUGGAGUGAGAUGGUGAUGAUGAUGAUGAUAAUGAUGAAGCGGGCCUACGUUCUGCGCCCGCUUCGGCGAUUUCCGAUUUGCGUCGUGCGAACUUUUCUGUAGUCGUUUUUUUUUUUUUUGGAGCGUCAGAGCGCGUAUAAUAAAAGAAACGUUUGAGGGUGCGCCCAAUACGCGCCCUUAGGAUACGUACAUUUAGGCUGCCGUGGAGACACGCUAGGAACUCCGCUAACAAAAGAAACACGA